GGCUACCGGACGACAACAACAACACUAGCAGGGUGCUGCAGCUAACGAAGAAAAGGUCAACUCUUUUUAAAAAUGUUUUCAGUGUAGAAGAUUAUUAAGGAAGAGCAAACAACCGAUUUUCACCUGAGGAGCGGCAACGGACAGGAAGGAGAAAGGAGAAAAGCCAAGUGAUCCCAUUUGCAUGGAGUUCAAAGCGCUAGGAAUGGAGGAUGAGGAGGACGAUGCAGCCAUGCAGUACAUAAUCGAGCAGAGUCUGCAGGACAGCAACAAACGCAAGGACGUCCACAGACCAUCUUCUACGACAAGAGGUGACAGGAGCUCUAAGUGUGCAGAGUCUAUAUUCACUGCUAUAAGGCAAGGCAAAGAGAAGCUUGUGGAGGAGCUGCGUCUGAAGAGGAGAGAUUCUUUCCUCCAGACGGACAGCAGAGGAUGGACGCCUCUCCACGAAGCUUCAGCCCAGGCCAACCAAACCAUCCUGGAGCUCACCUAUGGAGCUUCAGGUCGAGAGGCAGUGGAGCGUCAGACACAACGUGGAGAGACACCCCUCUUCCUGGCGGUGGAACGAGGUCUCAUGGACAAUGCCGCCUUUCUCCUUCAGCACGGGGCCCGGCCUGACACACAGAACCAGGAUCUGGACUCACCGCUGCUUUUAGCAAUCCGGUCGGGCUGCAUGGACCUGGCGAAGCUGCUUCUUCAGCGAGGUGCGGCGGUCAACCAAGCGGGUCUCCACAACCGCUGCCCGCUCCACGAGGCCUCUCGGCUGGGCAGAGCCGAUCUAGUGAGCCUGCUCCUGGAAGCUAAGGCGCUGCCGGACGCCCGUAGUCGCUUUGGUCUUACACCGCUGGCACUGGCUGUUCAGGCGGGUCACUUGGAAGCGGCGGAUGUCCUGCUGAGGAAAGGAGCGGACGUGAUGUCUCAGGCUCAGGACGAGGCCUCCAUCUUGUACGAGGCGUGUGCGAGUGGAAAUGCUUCUGUUGUGGAGCUUCUGCUGGAAUACGGCGCUGACCCCAAUGUGGCUAAACAGAGCGGGCACCUACCAAUCCACCGCGCCGCUCACAGGGGACACCUGCAGACUCUGAAACUGCUGAUUCCAAUAACGUCAAUGGAAGACAUAGACAACAGCGGAAUGAGUCCGCUACACAGUGCAGCGGCUGGAGGACACUCACAUUGCAUCAAGGUGCUGCUGGACCAAGGCUUCGACCCAAACUACAUGCUGCAUCCUUGCGUGCGCCGAGGCUAUGACGACGAAAGGAAGUCAGCACUCUUCUUCGCCGUGUCCAACAACGACGUUCCGUCCGUCUGCAUGCUGCUGGAGGCCGGAGCCAUGUCCAACCAGGACCCGGUCAAAUGUCUGCAGGUCGCUCUGCGUUUGGGCAACUACGAGUUAAUCAAAGUGUUGCUGAGGUUCGGCGCCAACGUCAACUUUUACUCCAGAAUCAACACAACACACUUCCCCUCUGCCCUGCAAUACGCCCUCAAUGACGAGGUGGUUCUCAGGAUGCUGUGUAGCUAUGGUUACCACGUGGAGCGCUGCUUCGACUGUCCCUAUGGCAACAGAUCCCACGUUCCAGAGGACUACGAGGGCUGGACCAACACUGUCAUCAAAGACACGAUGUUCUGCGAGGUGAUCACCGUUUCGUGGCUCAAGCACCUCUCGGGUCACGUGGUUCGGGUCCUGCUGGACUAUGUUGAUCAUGUGACCUUAUGCUGCAAGAUAAAGGCGGCCCUCAUGGAGCAGCAGCAGUGGAGCGACAUUUGUAGGCUGCAAGAGAACGCUCGCUGCCUGCAGCAUCUCUGUCGUUUAAGGAUUCGCCGUUGUCUCGGUCGUCUUCGUUUGCGGUCGCCUGUCUUCAUGAGCUUCCUGCCAUUGCCGGGGAGACUGAAGGACUAUGUCCUGUACCGGGAGUACGACCUUCAUGGAUGACAAGAUGCAAAUCAGCUGGGAUGACAACAAACACAAAAUUUAAGUUUUUUUUGUGUGUGUGAAACAAUCAGAUAUAGUUGCCUUUUUUGUGACGUCUCUGUGCUGUAGAAAGCCAGAAUUCUAAUUAAAAGUAUUUCAGUUUUAAUUUUAACCAACUAUUCUGACAAGUACAUCUUACUCACUUGCUGCACAAAAAUCAAUAACUUCAAACAGGAGGCCAAAAAAAACAUCUGGAAAGUUUUAAUCUCACUUUCACUGUUCUACCAAACAGUGGGGAUGGUGUCAUCUGUAGAAAAUAAAUGGAGACAACAGACAUGACAACAUACAUGUGAGGAGGAGGAGGAGGGACAAGAACUAGAAUGUUGGACCGUGUGAUGGUGAAAUCACUAUAAAUAGGUUCAACGUGCAUCCAACGCCUGCAAAGGUUACGUGAGGCAAAGCAAAAAUGAGACACACACACACACACACACACACACACACACACACACACACUCAACCUGUUGGAUGGUGCCAAGCAAAGUUUGGCUGGAGUGUCCUGUGGCCAAACAGACAACAGUAUGCUGAAUUAAUACUGUUAAAUAUUCCCCUGAAAUGUCAUCACUCUGUGAGCACAUAAUCUCUUUUUUUUUUUUUUACACUUUUGGGAGAGACAUGGAAAAUAUAAGACAUUUACCCACAUACAUAGAGGUA